CAGGCUGGGGCCCUGCGCUGGCUGCGGUGGUGCUGAUGGUACAAAAGACAAAGGCUCUGCGGCGAUCGGGAUGCUGAAGGCGACCCGAGAGUCCCCAGGGGUCCACUGGACGACAGAUAAGGGAGAACGCAGAAGACGCCUUUGAAGGAGCGGGUGGACUGGGCGCUGCUGCCCGGCCGCUGGAGCCGGGCGGGUGCGAUCGGUCCCUGCAGCUGCUGGCGGCACUGUGGGUCACUGUCCUGAGCAUCUGCGCCUGGGCCGAGGCCAGAGCGCCGGAGGCCACUGUGCACGGGGUCUCUGAGGUGAAGUCAGGAUGUCUGCAGCAGCACAGCUGGGAGGAGACUUUCCCCAGGGAACACUUUACACCUGCUGAAAUGAAGGUGGGAAAUGCCCCCACCCAAGCAUCUCUAUAGCAUCUUCACCCUGUACCUCCAACACGGAAUGCAGAAGAACCUCAGAGGAAAAUAAGUUAAUUUUGUGUCUGGGGAAAGGCACCAUCUCUUGGUCAGGCAAUACUGUUUUACUUGAAGCACUUGUGUGGGUUGCUGGGUCAGAGGCAACCUUUAUCAGACCAGUGCCAUACGGAACACAGGCACAAGGCACUAAGCUUUCUGACAUCAGAUGGUGAAUGGAUGCUGGAGAAAACUGGCUUUUGACUGGCCGGAAAGAGCUGCUCAGAGUGUAUGUUGAAAGGAAACACAAACAAGAGACUUCAGCAUAAGGAAGGAAAAUAUGUAUAUGGUUUCAAGGACAAAUAUUCCAGAAGAGAGGAUCAUGGAGACCAAGGAGAAUAGUUAUUUGACUGGAUCAAGAUUGGAGAUCUGACUUCCAAAAAUAGUCAUCUAUUUGUAAACCUUCAAUCAAAAGGCUUACAAGGGGGAGGUCGAUUUGGUCAAACAACUCCACCACUUGUAGAUUUUCUCAAGGACAUUUUAAGAAGAUAUCCAGAAGGAGGACAGAUUCUUAAGGAAUUAAUUCAGAAUGCAGAAGAUGCUGGGGCCACAGAGGUUAAAUUUUUAUAUGAUGAAACUCAAUAUGGAACAGAGACUCUUUGGUCAAAAGAUAUGGCGGCAUAUCAGGGAUCAGCUCUCUAUGUGUACAACAAUGCAGUUUUCACACCAGAGGACUGGCAUGGCAUUCAAGAAAUAGCAAGAAGCAGGAAAAAAGAUGACCCCUUGAAGGUUGGAAGAUUUGGAAUUGGGUUUAAUUCUGUCUACCAUAUAACAGAUGUUCCUUGUAUCUUCAGUGGUGACCAGAUUGGGAUGUUAGAUCCUCAUCAGACACUUUUUGGACCUCAUGAAUCAGGCCAAUGUUGGAAUCUCAAAGAUGACAGCAAAGAAAUUAAUGAGCUUUCAGAUCAGUUUGCACCCUUCAUUGGCAUUUUUGGAAGCACCAAGGAAACAUUUACAAGUGGCAGCUUUCCGGGGACAUUUUUCCGAUUCCCUCUUCGCUUACAGCCUUCCCAGCUUAGCAGCAAUCUCUACACGAAGCAGAAGGUUCUUGAAUUGUUUGAGUCUUUCAGGGCAGAUGCAGACACAGUGCUGCUCUUCCUGAAGAGUGUGCAGGAUGUGUCUUUACAUGUCCGAGAGGUGGAUGGGACAGAGAAACUGCUGUUUAGAGUGACUGCAAGUGAGAAUAAGGCCCUGAAACAUGAACGGCCAAAUUCCAUCACAAUUCUGGGAACGGCUAUAAGUAACUAUUGUAAAAAGAUCCCAAGCAAUAGCAUCACCUGUGUCACAUACCAUAUAAACAUAGUUCUAGAGGAUGAGAACACUAAGGAUGCUCAGAAGACAUCUUGGUUGGUGUGUAACAGUGUGGGUGGGCGAGGGAUUAGUAGUAAACUGGAUUCUUUGGCUGAUGAAUUGAAAUUUGUUCCAAUUAUUGGAAUAGCCAUGUGUUUAUCAGGCAGAGAUGAAGAAAAAGGAGCAAUAUCUGAUUUCUCAGGAAAAGCAUUUUGUUUUCUUCCUUUACCUCCUGGUGAGGAAAGCAGAACAGGGCUCCCAGUUCAUAUCAGUGGGUUCUUUGGCCUGACUGACAACCGCAGGAGCAUAAAAUGGAGAGAGCUGGACCAGUGGAGAGAUCCUGCAGCCUUGUGGAAUGAAUUUCUUAUUGUGAAUGUUGUCCCCAAAGCUUAUGCCACUCUGAUCCUAGAUUCAAUAAAACGCCUGGAGACAGAAAAGAGCUCUGAUUUCCCUUUGUCAAUUGAUGUCAUCUACAAGCUUUGGCCAGAGGCCAGCAAAGUCAAGGCACAUUGGCAGCCAGUGUUGGGGCCUCUGUUUAGUGAACUGUUGCAGAACGCUGUGAUCUAUUCAAUUAGCCAUGAGUGGGUCAAGCUAGAGCAAGUGUACUUCUCAGACCUCGAUGAAAGCUUGGAAUAUACAAAAUCUGUGCUCAACUACCUCCAGAGCUCAGGGAAGCAGAUUGCCAAGGUACCAGGGAAUCUGGCUGCUGCUGUUCAGUUCAGCAGUGCAACACCUGUGAAGAUGGUGACGCCCGGGUGGGUGCGGCAGGUGCUGAGAAAGUGCGCACAUCUGGGCAGUGCUGAAGAAAAGCUUCACCUUUUAGAAUUUGUGCUUUCCGACCAAGCCUACAGCGAGCUGCUUGGGUUGGAACUGCUGCCUUUACAAAAUGAGAGUUUUGUCCCCUUCUCCUCAUCUGUGUCAGAUCAGGAUGUUGUUUAUAUCACCUCAGAAGAGUACCCAAGGUCCCUUUUCCCAGGUCUUGAAGCAAGAUUUAUUUUGGAUAACUUGAAACCUCACCUUCUAGCUGCUUUAAAAGAUGCUGCCCAAACCCGAGCACAACAACUUCUCUGGGGAUAUUCAGGAAGACCAUGUACUCAGCUGCAGCUUCUAAAUCCAGAGAGAUUUGCACGCCUUAUUAAAGAAGUAAUGAAUACAUUCUGGCCUGGCAGAGAGUUGGUCGUUCAGUGGUAUCCAUUAAGUGAAGACAGACAUCACCCAUCUAUUUCAUGGCUUAAGAUGGUUUGGAAGAAUCUUUAUAUUCAUUUUUCGGAGGAUUUGACUUUAUUUGAUGAGAUGCCACUUAUUCCCAGAACUACAUUAGAUGAAGGUCACACGUGCGUGGAGCUCAUUAGACUCAGGAUCCCAUCAGUAGUCAUUUUAGAUGAUGAAACUGAAGCACAGCUUCCUGAAUUUUUAGCAGACAUUGUACAAAAACUUGGGGGGAUUGUUCUGAAAAAAAUAGAUACCUCUAUACAGCAUCCACUCAUUAAAAAAUACAUUCAUUCUCCACUACCAAGUGCUGUUUUGCAGAUAAUGGAGAAGAUACCAAUGCAGAAAUUGUGUAACCAGAUAGCUUCAUUACUUCCAACCCACAAAGAUGCUCUGAGGAAGUUCUUGGCUAGCUUAACUGAUACCAAUGAAAAAGAGAAAAGAAUAAUUCAAGAAUUGACAGUAUUCAAAAGAAUUAAUCACUCAUCUGAUCAAGGGAUUUCCUCUUACACCAAAUUAAAAGGAUGUAAGGUCUUGCAUCAUACUGCUAAACUUCCAGCAGAUCUCCGGCUGUCAGUUUCAGUAAUAGACAGUAGUGAUGAGGCUACCAUACGCUUGGCAAACAUGUUGAAAAUUGAGAAAUUAAAGACUACUAACUGUUUAAAGUUUGUUUUAAAAGACAUUGAAAAUGGAUUUUACACACAUGAAGAGGUAACACACCUUAUGCUGUGGAUUCUUGAAAAUCUGUCUUCUCUUAAAAAUGAGAAUCCAAAUGUGCUUGAUUGGUUGAUGCCAUUAAAAUUCAUUCAGAUUUCACAGGAGCACAUGGUAUCAGCCAAUGAACUCUUUGAUCCUGAUGUAGAGGUACUGAAGGAUCUCUUUUAUAAGGAAGAAGAAAUCUGUUUCCCACCUUUGGUUUUUACCUCACCAGAUAUCCUUCACUCUUUGAGACAGAUUGGUUUAAAAAAUGAAGCUAGCCUCAAAGAGAAAGAUAUUGUGCAAGUGGCAAAAAAAAUUGAAGCUUUACAGAUCAGUUCUUGUCUAAGUCAGGAAGUUCUGAAGAAAGCCAAAACACUCUUACUGGUUUUGAAUAAAAAUCAUACACUCUUGCAGUCUUCUGAGGGGAAGAUGACAUUGAAGAAAAUAAAGUGGGUUCCAGCCUGCAAGGAAAGGCCUCCAAAUUAUCCAGGUUCCUUAGUCUGGAAAGGGGAUCUAUGUAAUCUUUGUGCACCUCCAGAUAUGUGUGAUGUGGCCAAUGCAAUUCUAGUAGGCUCAUCACUUCCUCUUGUUGAAAGUGUCCAUGUAAACUUGGAGAAGGCUCUAGGUAUCUUCACAAAGCCUAGCAUCAGUGCUGUCUUAAAACACUUUAAAAUUGUUGUUGACUGGUAUACUUCAAAAACCUUUAGUGAUGAAGACUACUAUCAGUUCCAGCAUAUUUUGCUUGAAAUUUAUGGGUUCAUGCAUGAGCAUUUGAAUGAAGGAAAAGAUUCUUUUAAAGCCUUGAAAUUUCCAUGGAUAUGGACUGGCAAAAAGUUUUGUCCUCUGGCCCAGGCUGUGAUAAAACCAAUCCAUGAUCUGGACCUUCAGCCUUAUUUGCAUAAUGUGCCUAAAACCAUGGCCAAGUUUCACCAGCUGUUUAAGACCUGUGGCUCAAUAGAAGAGUUGACAUCAGAUCAUAUUUCCAUGGUCAUUCAGAAGGUAUAUCUCAAAAGUGACCAGGAGCUCAGUGAUCAAGAAAGUAAACAAAAUCUUCAUCUUAUGUUGAAUAUUAUGAGAUGGCUGUAUAGCAAUCAGAUCCCAGCAAGCCCCAAUACACCAGUUCCUAUUCAUCAUAGCAAAAAUCCUUCCAAACUUGUCAUGAAGCCAAUUCAUGAAUGUUGUUAUUGUGACAUCAAAGUCGAUGACCUCAAUGACUUACUUGAAGACUCAGUUGAACCAAUCAUUUUGGUGCAUGAGGACAUUCCCAUGAAAACUGCAGAAUGGCUCAAAGUUCCAUGCCUUAGCACAAGACUGAUCAAUCCUGAAAACAUGGGGUUUGAGCAGUCAGGACAAAGAGAGCCACUUACUGUAAGGAUUAAAAAUAUUUUGGAAGAAUACCCUUCUGUGUCAGAUAUUUUUAAAGAGCUACUACAAAAUGCUGAUGAUGCGAAUGCAACAGAAUGCAGUUUCAUGAUUGAUAUGAGAAGAAAUAUGGACAUAAGAGAAAAUCUCCUAGACCCAGGGAUGGCAGCUUGUCAUGGACCUGCCUUGUGGUCAUUUAACAAUUCUGAAUUCUCAGAUUCAGAUUUUGUAAACAUAACCAGGUUAGGAGAAUCUUUAAAAAGGGGAGAAGUUGACAAAGUUGGAAAAUUUGGUCUUGGAUUUAAUUCUGUGUACCACAUCACUGACAUUCCCAUCAUUAUGAGCCGAGAAUUCAUGAUAAUGUUUGAUCCAAACAUAAACCAUAUUAGUAAACACAUUAAAGAUAGAUCUAAUCCUGGGAUCAAAAUUAAUUGGAGUAAACAACAGAAAAGGCUUAGGAAAUUUCCAAACCAGUUCAAACCAUUUAUAGAUGUAUUUGGGUGUCAGUUACCUUUGACUGUAGAAGCCCCUUACAGCUACAAUGGAACUCUUUUCCGAUUGUCCUUUCGAACCCAACAGGAAGCAAAAGUGAGUGAAGUUAGCAGUACUUGUUACAACACGGCAGAUAUUUACUCUCUUGUGGAUGAAUUUAGUCUCUGUGGACACAGGCUUAUCAUUUUCACUCAGAGUGUAAACUCAAUGUAUUUAAAGUACCUGAAGAUUGAGGAAACAAAUCCUAGUUUAGCACAAGAUACAGUAAUAAUUAAGAAAAAAGCCUGUUCCUCUAAAGCAUUGAAUACACCAGUUUUGAGUGUUUUAAAAGAAGCCGCUAAGCUCAUGAAGACUUGUAGCAGCAGCAAUAAGAAGCUUCCUGCUGAUGCUCCAAAAUCAUCUUGCAUUCUUCAGAUCACAGUUGAAGAAUUUCACCAUGUAUUCAGGAGGAUUGCUGACUUGCAGUCACCACUGUUCAGGGGUCCAGAUGAUGACCCGACUGCUCUCUUUGAAAUGGCUAAGUCUGGUCAAUCUAAAAAGUCAUCAGAUGAGUUGCCACAAAAGACCAUAGAUUGUACCACAUGGCUUAUAUGUACCUGCAUGGACACAGGAGAGGCUCUCAAGUUUUCCUUGAAUGAAAGUGGAAGAAGACUAGGACUGGUUCCUUGUGGGGCAGUAGGGGUUCUGUUGCAUGAAACCCAGGAUCAGAAGUGGACUGUGAAACCACAUGUUGGAGAGGUGUUUUGUUAUUUACCUCUACGAAUAAAAACAGGGUUGCCAGUUCACAUCAAUGGGUGCUUUGCUGUUACUUCAAAUAGAAAAGAAAUCUGGAAGACAGAUACCAAAGGACGAUGGAAUACCACAUUCAUGAGGCACGUCAUUGUGAAAGCUUACUUGCAAGCACUCAGUGUCUUACGGGACCUAGCCACUGGUGGUGAGCUGACUGGUUAUACUUACUAUGCUGCAUGGCCUGAUCCUGAUUUAGUUCAUGAUGACUUUUCUGUGAUAUGUCAAGGAUUUUAUGAAGAUAUAGCUCAUGGGAAGGGGAAGGAGUUGACCAGAGUCUUCUCUGAUGGGUCUACUUGGGUUUCCAUGAAGAAUGUGAGAUUUCUAGAUGACUCUAUCCUUCAAAGGAAAGAUGUUGGUCCAGCAGCCUUCAAGAUAUUUCUGAAGUACCUCAAGAAAACAGGCUCCAAAAACCUUUGUGCUGUUGAACUUCCUUCUUCGGUAAAACUAGGAUUUGAAGAAGCUGGCUGUAAACAGAUACUGCUUGAAAAUACAUUUUCAGAGAAGCAGUUUUUUUCAGAAGUCUUUUUUCCUAAUAUUCAAGAAAUUGAAGCAGAACUCAGAGAUCCUUUAAUGAAUUAUGUUCUUAAUGAAAAACUUGAUGAGUUCUCAGGUAUUCUUCGUGUUACCCCAUGUGUCCCUUGUUCCUUAGAGGGGCAUCCGUUGGUUUUGCCAUCAAGACUGAUUCACCCUGAAGGACGAGUUGCAAAGUUAUUUGAUACUAAAGAUGGGCGAUUCCCUUAUGGCUCUACACAGGAUUACCUCAAUCCUAUCAUUUUGAUUAAGUUAGUUCAGUUAGGCAUGGCAAAAGAUGAUAUUUUAUGGGAUGACAUGCUAGAACGUGCAGAGUCAGUAGCUGAGAUUAAUAAAACUGAUCAUGUGGCUGCCUGUCUAAGAAGCAGUAUUCUGUUAAGUCUUAUUGAUGAGAAACUAAAAAUAAGGGACCCUAGAGCAAAGGAUUUUGCUGCAAAAUAUCAAACAAUUCCCUUCCUUCCAUUUCUAACAAAGCCAGCAGGUUUUUCUUUGGAAUGGAAAGGGAACAGUUUUAAGCCUGAAACCAUGUUUGCUGCAACUGACCUUUAUACAGCUGAACAUCAAGAUGUAGUCUGUCUUUUGCAACCAAUUCUUAAUGAAAAUUCCCAUUCCUUUAGAGGCUGUGGCUCAGUGUCAUUGGCUGUUAAAGAGUUUUUGGGUUUACUGAAGAAGCCAACAGUUGAUCUGGUUAUAAACCAGUUGAAACAAGUUGCAAAAUCAGUUGAUGAUGGAAUUACAUUGUACCAGGAGAAUAUCACCAAUGCUUGCUACAAGUACCUCCAUGAAGCAAUGAUGCAAAAUGAAAUGGCCAGGGUGACAAUUAUUGAGAAGUUAAAACCCUUUCAUUUCAUUCUGGUUGAGAACGCAUAUGUUGACUCAGAAAAAGUUUCUUUUCAUUUGAAUUUUGAAGCAGCACCAUACCUUUAUCAGUUACCUAACAAGUACAAAAAUAAUUUCCGUGAACUUUUUGAAAGUGUAGGUGUGAGGCAGUCAUUUACAGUUGAUGACUUUGCCCUAGUUUUGGAAUCUAUUGAUCAAGAGAGAGGAAAAAAUCAAAUAACAGAAGAGAAUUUUCAGCUUUGUCGACGAAUAAUCAGUGAAGGAAUAUGGGGCCUCAUUAGAGAAAAAAGACAAGAAUUUUGUGAGAAAAAUUAUGGCAAAAUAUUACUGCCAGACACUAAUCUUAUGCUUCUUCCUGCUAAGUCAUUAUGUUACAAUGAUUGUCCGUGGAUAAAAGUAAAGGACACCACUGUCAAGUAUUGCCAUGCUGACAUACCCCGGGAAGUAGCUGUAAAGCUAGGAGCAAUACCAAAGAGACAUAAAGCAUUAGAAAGAUAUGCAUCUAAUAUCUGUUUUACAACACUAGGCACAGAAUUUGGGCAGAAAGAAAAACUGACAAGCAGAAUUAAGAGCAUACUCAAUGCCUACCCUUCGGAAAAGGAAAUGCUGAAAGAGCUGCUUCAAAAUGCUGAUGAUGCAAAGGCCACAGAAAUCUGCUUUGUGUUUGAUCCUAGACAGCAUCCUGUUGAUAGAAUAUUUGAUGAUAAGUGGGUCCCACUGCAAGGGCCAGCACUGUGUGUGUAUAACAACCAACCUUUUACAGAAGACGAUGUUAGAGGAAUUCAGAAUCUUGGGAAAGGCACCAAAGAAGGAAAUCCUUGCAAAACUGGACAGUAUGGAAUAGGGUUCAAUUCUGUGUAUCAUAUUACAGACUGCCCCUCUUUCAUUUCUGGCAAUGACAUCUUGUGUAUUUUUGAUCCUCAUGCCAGAUACGCACCAGGAGCCACAUCAGUGAGUCCUGGACGCAUGUUCAGAGAUUUGGAUGCAGAUUUUAGAACUCAGUUCUCGGAUGUUCUUGAUCUUUACUUGGGAGGUCACUUUAAAUUGGACAAUUGCACAAUGUUUAGAUUUCCUCUUCGUAAUGCAGAAAUGGCAAAAGUUUCAGAAAUUUCCUCCGUUCCAUCAUCAGAUAGAAUGGUCCAGAAUCUUUUGGACAAGUUACGCUCAGAUGGUGCAGAACUUUUAAUGUUUCUCAAUCACAUGGAAAAGAUUUCUAUUUGUGAAAUAGAUAAGGCUACAGGAGAUCUGAAUGUGCUAUAUUCAGUAAAGGGCAAGAUCACUGAUGGAGACAGAUUGAAAAGGAAGCAAUUCCAUGCGUCUGUAAUUGACAGUGUUAGUAAAAAGAGACAGCUCAAAGACAUACCAGUUCAACAGAUAACCUACACUAUGGAUACUGAGGAUUCUGAAGGAAAUCUGACCACAUGGCUAAUUUGUAAUAGAUCAGGAUUUUCAAGUAUGGACAAAGUAUCUAAGAGUGUUAUAUCAGCUCACAAAAACCAGGAUAUCACGCUGUUUCCACGUGGUGGAGUAGCUGCCUGCAUUACUCACAACUAUAAAAAGCCCCACAGGGCCUUCUGUUUUCUGCCUCUCUCUUUGGAGACAGGGUUGCCAUUUCAUGUGAAUGGCCACUUUGCACUAGAUUCAGCUAGAAGAAACUUGUGGCGUGAUGAUAAUGGAGUCGGUGUUCGAAGUGACUGGAAUAAUAGUUUAAUGACAGCAUUAAUUGCCCCUGCAUAUGUUGAAUUACUAAUCCAGUUAAAGAAACGAUAUUUCCCUGGUUCUGACCCAACAUUAUCGGUUCUACAGAACACACCUAUUCAUGUUGUAAAGGACACUUUAAAGAAGUUUCUCUCUUUUUUUCCAGUUAACAGGCUUGAUCUGCAGCCAGAUUUGUAUUGCUUAGUAAAAGCUCUUUACAGUUGCAUUCAUGAAGACAUGAAGCGUCUUUUACCUGUUGUCCGGGCGCCGAACAUUGAUGGCUCUGAUUUGCACUCUGCAGUCAUAAUUACUUGGAUCAACAUGUCUACUUCAAAUAAAACUAGACCAUUUUUUGAUAAUUUGCUACAGGAUGAAUUACAGCACCUUAAAAAUGCAGAUUAUAAUAUCACAACUCGCAAAACAGUCGCAGAGAAUGUUUACAGGCUGAAGCACCUGCUUUUAGAAAUUGGUUUUAAUUUGGUUUACAACUGUGAUGAAACUGCUAAUCUUUACCACUGCCUUACAGAUGCAGAUAUUCCUGUUAGCUAUGUGACUCCUGCUGAUGUUAGGUCCUUUUUAUUGACUUUCUCUUCUCCUGAUACUAAUUGCCAUAUUGGGAAGUUGCCUUGUCGUCUUCAGCAGACUAAUCUAAAGCUUUUUCAUAGUUUAAAACUUUUAGUUGAUUACUGUUUUAAAGAUGCAGAAGAAAGUGAGUUUGAAGUUGAGGGACUGCCCCUUCUUAUUACACUGGACAGUGUAUUGCAAACUUUUGAUCCAAAACGACCCAAGUUUCUAACAACAUACCAUGAAUUAAUUCCAUCCCGAAAAGACUUAUUUAUGAAUACAUUAUACUUGAAAUACAGUAAUAUUUUAUUGAACUGCAAAGUUGCAAAAGUAUUUGACAUUUCCAGUUUUGCUGACUUACUUUCCUCUGUGUUGCCACGUGAAUAUAAGACCAAAAAUUGUACAAAGUGGAAAGACAAUUUUGCCAGUGAAUCUUGGCUUAAGAAUACAUGGCAUUUCAUCAAUGAAUCUGUAAGUAUGAAAGAAGACCAGGAAGAAACAAAACCAACAUUUGAUGUCAUUGUUGAUACCCUCAAAGAUUGGGCAUUGCUUCCAGGAACAAAAUUCACUGUCUCUGCUAGUCAGCUUGUGGUUCCUGAAGGAGAUGUGCUGCUUCCACUGAGCCUCAUGCACAUUGCCGUUUUCCCAAAUGCCCAGAGUGAUAAGGUUUUUCACGCUUUAAUGAAAGCUGGCUGUAUUCAGCUUGCUUUGAAUAAGAUCUGCUCUAAAGACAGUGCAUUUGUUCCUCUGCUGUCAUGUCACACAGCAAACAUUGAGACCCCCAUAAGCAUUUUGAAGGCUGUACAUUAUAUGGUCCAAACUUCAACCUUUAGAGCUGAAAAACUAGUAGAAAAUGACUUUGAAGCACUCUUGAUGUAUUUCAACUGUAAUCUGAGUCACUUGAUGUCUCAAGAUGACAUAAAAAUUUUAAAGUCCCUUCCUUGCUAUAAAUCCAUCAGUGGCCGCUAUAUGAGCAUUGCAAAAUUUGGAACAUGUUAUGUACUUACCAAAAGUAUCCCUUCAACUGAAGUGGAAAAAUGGACACAAUCAUCAUCAUCUGCCUUUCUUGAAGAAAAGGUACAUUUGAAAGAACUGUAUGAGGUGCUUGGCUGUGUGCCUGUAGAUGAUCUUGAGGUGUAUUUGAAACACCUCCUACCAAAAAUUGAAAAUCUCUCUUAUGAUGCAAAAUUAGACCACUUGAUCUAUCUGAAGAAUAGAUUGUCAAACAUUGAGGAAUCAUCAGAGAUUAAGGAGCAACUUUUUGAAAAAUUAGAAAGUUUAUUGAUUAUCCAUGAUGCCAAUAGUCGGUUAAAGCAAGCAAAACACUUCUAUGAUAGAACUGUGAGAGUUUUUGAAGUUAUGCUUCCUGAAAAACUGUUUAUUCCUAAGGAUUUCUUCAAAAAAUUGGAACACCUGAUAAAACCUAAAAAUCAAGCUGCAUUUAUGACAUCCUGGGUGGAAUUCUUGAGAAAUAUUGGGCUAAAGUAUAUACUUUCUCAGCAGCAGCUAUUACAGUUUGCCAAGGAAAUCAGUGUGAGGGCUAAUACAGAAAAUUGGUCUAAAGAAACAUUGCAAAAUACAGUUGACAUCCUUCUCUAUCACAUAUUCCAAGAACGAAUGGAUUUGUUAUCUGGAAAUUUUCUGAAAGAGCUGUCCUUAAUACCAUUCUUGUGUCCUGAGCGGGCCCCUGCUGAAUACAUUCGGUUUCAUCCUCAAUACCAGGAGGUAAAUGGAACACUUCCUCUUAUAAAGUUCAAUGGGGCACAAGUGAACCCAAAGUUCAAGCAGUGUGAUGUGCUCCAGCUGCUGUGGACAUCUUGUCCUAUUCUUCCAGAGAAAGCCACACCGUUGAAUAUCAAAGAACAAGAAGGCAGUGACCUUGGUCCACAAGAACAACUUGAACAAGUUCUAAAUAUGCUUAAUGUUAACCUGGAUCCCCCUCUUGAUAAGGUCAUUAAUAACUGCAGAAACAUAUGCAACAUAACAACUUUGGAUGAAGAAAUGGUAAAAACUAGAGCAAAGGUCUUAAGGAGCAUAUAUGACUUUCUCAGUGCAGAAAAAAGGGAGUUCCGUUUUCAGCUGCGAGGUGUUGCCUUUGUGAUGGUAGAAGAUGGUUGGAAACUUCUGAAGCCUGAGGAAGUAGUGAUAAAUUUGGAAUAUGAAUCUGAUUUUAAACCUUAUUUGUAUAAGCUACCUUUAGAACUUGGUACAUUUCAUCAGUUGUUCAAACACUUAGGUACUGAAGAUAUUAUUUCAACUAAGCAAUAUGUUGAAGUUUUGAGUCGUAUAUUCAAAAACUCUGAAGGGAAGCAGUUAGAUCCUAAUGAAAUGCGCACAGUUAAACGAGUAGUUUCUGGUCUGUUCAAGAGUCUACAAAAUGAUUCAGUCAAGGUGAGGAGUGAUCUGGAGAAUGCACGGGAUCUUGCACUCUACCUUCCAAGCCAGGAUGGUAGGUUGGUGAAGUCAAGCAUAUUGGUAUUUGAUGAUGCACCCCACUAUAAAAGUAGAAUCCAGGGCAAUAUUGGUGUACAAAUGCUAGUAGAUCUUAGCCAGUGCUACUUAGGGAAAGACCAUGGAUUUCACACUAAACUGAUAAUGCUUUUUCCUCAAAAACUUCGACCUCGUCUGCUAAGCAGUAUACUUGAAGAGCAGCUUGAUGAAGAGACCCCCAAAGUGUGUCAGUUUGGGGCAUUGUGCUCUCUUCAAGGAAGACUACAGCUUCUCUUGUCUUCAGAGCAGUUCAUCACAGGACUCAUUAGGAUCAUGAAGCAUGAAAAUGAUAAUGCUUUCCUGGCCAAUGAAGAAAAAGCUAUAAGACUGUGCAAAGCUCUCAGAGAAGGGUUGAAAGUGUCCUGUUUUGAAAAGCUUCAGACAACAUUAAGAGUUAAAGGUUUUACUCCUAUCCCUCAUAGCAGAAGUGAAACUUUUGCUUUUCUGAAGCGAUUUGGCAAUGCUGUCAUCUUGCUCUACAUCCAACAUUCAGACAGUAAAGACAUUAACUUCCUGCUAGCCUUAGCAAUGACACUUAAGUCAGCAACUGACAAUCUGAUUUCUGAUACUUCAUAUUUAAUUGCUAUGCUGGGAUGCAAUGAUAUCUACAGGAUCAGUGAGAAACUUGACAGUUUAGGGGUAAAAUAUGACUCUUCAGAGCCAUCAAAACUGGAACUCCCAAUGCCUGGCACUCCAAUUCCUGCUGAGAUUCACUAUACUCUGCUUAUGGAUCCAAUGAAUGUUUUUUAUCCUGGAGAAUAUGUUGGGUAUCUUGUGGAUGCUGAAGGUGGUGAUAUUUAUGGGUCAUAUCAGCCAACGUAUACAUAUGCAAUUAUAGUGCAAGAAGUUGAAAGAGAAGAUGCUGACAAUACUAGUUUCUUAGGGAAGAUAUAUCAGAUUGAUAUUGGGUAUAGUGAAUAUAAGAUAGUUAGCUCUCUUGAUCUGUAUAAGUUCUCAAGGCCUGAUGAAAGCUCUCAAAGCAGAGACAGUGCUCCUACCACACCAACCAGCCCCACAGAGUUUCUCACUCCUGGUCUGAGAACUAUUCCUCCUCUUUUCUCUGGCAGAGAGAGCCACAAGACUUCUUCCUCCAAACACCAUUCACCCAAAAAACUCAAGGUGAAUUCUUUACCAGAAAUCUUAAAAGAAGUGACAUCAGUGGUGGAACAAGCAUGGAAGCUUCCGGAGUCAGAGCGGAAAAAGAUUAUUAGACGGUUGUAUUUGAAAUGGCACCCUGACAAAAAUCCAGAAAAUCAUGACAUUGCUAAUGAAGUUUUCAAACAUCUGCAGAAUGAAAUCAACAGAUUAGAAAAACAGGCCUUUUUAGAUCAAAAUGCCGAUAGAGCUUCAAGAAGAACAUUUUCAACCUCAGCAUCUCGAUUUCAGUCAGAUAAGUAUUCAUUUCAAAGAUUUUAUACUUCAUGGAAUCAAGAAGCCACGAGUCAUAAAUCUGAAAGGCAACAGCAAAGUAAAGAAAAAUGCCCUCCUUCCACUGGACAGACGUAUUCUCAAAGGUUCUUUGUUCCUCCUACCUUCAAGUCUGUGGGCAAUCCAGUGGAAGCCCGGAGGUGGUUAAGACAAGCCAGAGCAAACUUCUCAGCUGCCAGGAAUGACCUUCACAAGAAUGCCAACGAAUGGGUGUGCUUUAAGUGUUACCUUUCAACCAAGUUAGCUUUGAUUGCAGCUGACUAUGCUGUCAGGGGGAAGUCUGAUAAAGAUGUAAAACCAGCGGCCCUUGCACAAAAGAUAGAGGAGUACAGUCAGCAGCUGGAGGGACUGACAAAUGAUGUUCACACAUUGGAAGCUUAUGGUGUAGACAGCUUAAAAACGAGAUACCCUGAUCUCCUUCCUUUUCCACAGAUCCCCAAUGACAGGUUCACUUCUGAGGUUGCUAUGAGGGUGAUGGAAUGUACUGCCUGUAUUAUCAUAAAACUUGAAAAUUUUAUACAGCAGAAAGUAUGAAA